AUGAACAGCAACGGGGGCGUAGAAGGGCCCUGGCCCGACCUGGCCCCGCCCCCUGAGGCUGUUCAUCUCUUCCACAGCUACGAAGACCUUAAGGCUCAGCUGUUGCCAUUGAAAAGCCCUAAGCAGCAGCCACAGAUAUCAGGAAAACUCCAGUCCCCUGCCGAUUCUCCGCAUGAAACACUGUCAUGCGAGCCUUCCCUCACGAAAGCUUCAGCCCUGCAGUCACCGUCCCUCGGACCCUUUGGUGCCCUGCGGCCUUCCUCACAAGCAUGCAGUCUCAGCCGAGACACGGCAGCAACUCAUUGUGCACCCACCACGGGGACUUCUCCUACGGUUUUCCACCGCAGGGAUGCGGGCCCCACGUGUGGGAAGGAGAGAGCUCGUGGUAGCCGAGGCUCUACUUCGUUGCCUAUAGCACAAGGCGUUCUCUCUGAGAAGAUUCAGGGAAUUCAUGGAAUUACGGGGAGGCCGGAAACAAUGAGCAGCCAGAUCAACGAGGCAGCAGCUUCCCCCAUAUUCACAUACAGCAGUUCUCUCCCCCUAACUACUAGCUUUGAUGAAACCAAAGCCCAACGGAGGACCCGCAGCAGUGAUGCUGUCGGGGACCUCUUUGUUGAAGACAAGAGCAAGAGACAGGCGUCCGUGUGUGGACGAGAGCCGUUCAUUGACAGUUCAGCUCUGCAAGGCGAGAUUCCGCCAGAAGUAGAGUGCUUGCUGCUGCGGUUACAGCACCGCAGCUACAGUACCGGAACGGAAGCCCCAUUCAGCUGGCGCCGAGCUAAGGAACGAGCUAAAGCAGUUGCUGCUGCAGCACGGGGCAGCAGCAGCACCAGUUGCAUUGCAACGGGAGGCGGCUGGAAGUUCGACGGCGAUAUGUUGGUGCCAGAAGAAGCAGAAAAAUCCAAAAUACUUCGGCAGGAGGCCCUGCAGCGAGUGCGUCAAAGGGCAAGAGAGGCGCGGGAAAGGCAGCAGCAAGAGCUGCUGCAGCAACAGCUAGAGCAGGAGCAGCAGCAGCAGCGAAGCGAAGUCCUCAGUAAACAGUUACGGCGGCGCACUCUGCAACGAAUCCGGGAAAAUGUCCUGAAGCAAGAGGAAGAAAGGCAGCAACAGGAGCUGCUGCAGCAGCAAAUGAUGCGGCAAGCCGAAGUGCAGAGGCAGUAUUGCGCUAGACACCGCAAAGCCCUUCAGCAGCGGCUGCUUCAGCAGCAGCAAGAGAUUAAAGACAAGAUAAGAAUGCAUGCGGAAGAGAGCGUCAGACAAUCCAGGGAUGCAAAGGCAAGAGGAGCUGUGUCUGCUUACUUAAUUUGUAAAUUAUUCCUGCAAAUGUGUGUGCAUAUGGGCACAACGAUACGCGUUCUGUUUGACAAGACUUCCCAUGGCUCAGAGCACAUACAAAUAUAG